UAACCCAACACUAACCUGCUGCCGCUGCCGCUCUCGAUCCCGAUCCCGAUCGCGAUCUCGUCGCUCGCUGCCGCUGCUCGCGCCUCCCGCGAGCCCUCUCGCUGCUCGCGCCUCCUGCGAGCCCUCCCGCGAGCCCUCCCGCUGCUCGCGUCUCCUGCGAGCCCUCCCGCGAGCCUUCCCGCUGCUCGCGCCUCCCUCGAGCCCUCCCGCUGCUCGCGCCUCCCGCGUUUUUUAAAUCACUGGUUGCUGCUGCUCUACGUGUUGCUUGUUUGAGAACGCUGAGAAACUUUCGGAACAGAAAUUGUGGCUUGCUUUGAAGUGGGAAUAUCAUCCUUGAAAAAUGCUUGAAAAAGAAAAGAUGGGACAAGCUACGUGGGAGAGAUGAUUAAUCGGUUAUAAAAGAUUUCUCAGGAUGUCUUGGUGUACUAUUGAGUCUGAUCCUGAUGUCAGACAAGUAGGCAAGUUCCAACCUAGAAACAAGUCACAACCAAUAAAGGGAACUGCUAAAUCUGUUUCUUUUAUUCUUCCUGAUGCUUCCAUUACUGGUCCUCCUCCCAUGGGAUCCUUUUCUGAGAUAACGAACCCUUCUUCUGUACAAGCGAAGAUCGAUAUACCUGUGGACAAUCCUUUGCAUUCAUCAAUCAUAACCUCAGACUGCAAUGAAGGUGUUCAAAUAGAUCACCGAGAGGUGGGAGAAGAGAAUAGAGAAGAAAUCAGACUUCCAAAGGGUUUGGAGGAUAUUCAUACCGAGUCCCAAUCCCAAAUUGUUCAAAAACUUAAGCAGCGGAUCCAUGAAGGAAGGCCUACUUCAGAAAAUGAUGAAGAUGAUGAUGCUCAUAAACCAUGUAGGAAACUGAGAAAGAGGAUAGCCAAGUGCAGUACUGACCAAAUUGAAGUUGGAAGCAAUGAUGAACGUGAUAUUGACAACUUUAAUGUCUCUCAGAUGGAUAACAGCCAAAGUGAUGAUUGUCAUAGGGAUGAAGAUAUGCCUAGGCCAAAGAGGACCAAGAGAAAGUCAAAGAGGCAGACAAAUGAAAUCGAAAAACCCACUCCGAAGCGUAAGAAAGCCUUUGAAAAACCUGAUUCUGUUGUAGAGAAUUCACCUAAAAAGAAGUUUCCUCAUGCCACAAGGCGAAGGAGAAGGCAAGUGAACAAAGUUUUACUGCAAACACCUGAAGAUGAGAUUGACCCGAGACAGAUUAGCAUAAGAGACCUAAUAAUGCUUGCAGAAGCUAAGGAGCGUAUAGCAAGUAAAGAAGCGGCGGCAACGAGUAAAUUAUUCUCAGGUCAGAGUACUAGUUCUUUGUCCAAUAAUGAGGACAUUCUUUUUGGAGAGGAUCAAGAACUGAAUCAUUCAGGUGAAGAAGCAAAUCAGAAUGUGCAAUCAACUCCCAAGAGAUUGAAUUACCAUUCUUACAUGAACCGGCCACAAACUAGUAGAUGGUCAAAAGCAGAAACAAAGUUGUUCUACGAGGCUAUUCACCAAUUUGGAACAGAUUUUGCAAUGAUACAGCAGCUGUUCCCUAGUCGCACACGCCAUCAAGUGAAACUAAAAUUCAAAAUUGAAGAUCGCAAACAUCCUUCGCAAGUCCAUGAUGCUUUACUUCGUCCUUCCAAAGAUCGUACACACGUUAUGCAAGUAAUUAAGCAGCUCCAAAUUAGGGCAAAGCCAACUUCCAACGGAGAGACAGAUGGUGAUCAGGUGAAUCCAUUGCAGGAUGGCGUUGGUAAAAAGGAGGAAGAAACAAGCGGAGUCCAGAGUGACCAAGAGCAGCAGAGUGAUUGUGAAGAUGAAGUUGAGGGCCCUGAGGAGUUGGAUGAUUCGAAAGGUGAAGCCAAUAGUCCCUCGAAUUUUGAUGAGCAUCAGGGUCUGUUCGAGUGGGAUGGUGCUACUUCCCCUCAAGACACAGAAAAAGACACUCGCUGGGAGAUGUGAACCGUGGUUGGACCCCUAUCCUGCCUCUGCCUGCCUGCCUGCCUUCCCACGGAGUAUCAAUUAUGAUUGAUUAACGACUUCCUCUAUUUUAUUAUCUUCUUGUAUCAUAAUUUUAUUUCUCUCGAUGUUAUCGUGUGUUGAGAUUUGGGUUUCGUGAUGUGUGAAGGGGACAUUCGUAACUUUCCACGAUAGCAAAAUGUUUGCCUCUGGAGUUACUUUCCACGUGAAAGCUGGUUUGCGCUGCUUUUGCAGUGCCAGAGGCUUGUUGGAAAUUUAAUCGAGAUAGAUACUCAUUUCUCCUUGGAACUCCGUA